AUGAUUGGUGGUGGUGUUUCUUCUUCUCUACCAUUUCUGAUAUAUCACAAACUAUUUUAUUACCACUGUUCAUCAUUGGAUCAAUUUCUUCAACUAAAUAACAAACAUUUGCCAUUGCCUAUACCUCUGGUCUUUUGUUGUUUGUUUCUUCUUCAAGACAUCACCUCUUCUGAUUUCUUUUUCUUUUCUACAAAAUGUUUUUUAUUCAACCAUUUCCAUUUGUCUGACUUUUAUCCUCAUCAUUUGCUCUUCACUCUUUCUUUCUUGGUGUAUAGUAUUAUUACUUAUUUAUCUAGUCUUUUCUAUUUAAAUUCACACGACUCAAUACACUCUCUUCUCUUUCUUUGUUCAUCUUCUGUUCCUCUUUUAUUUUUUUCCUUUCUUUUUAACAUUUGA